UCCAAAACAAAUGUGACGUCAUAUGUGUUCAUUCUCUGUUUAGGAUUAGGAGAGUAUGAAGCAUUUAAUGAAACAUAUAAUGUAGAUAUGGCUGCUGAUUCACCAAAGAAAAGUGUAAAAUCGAAUUACAAUGUCACUAGACCACAAGCUUUCAGUGAAAAGAGUGUGAUGGAAAGUGUUGUGGAUUUCAUAUCAGAUGUUGUACCACAGGCUUAUACUGGAAGCACAAAAUGUGAGGACAAGGAGAGGAUUCAGUGGGUCCACUUUGCCAAUUCAGACAUCAAUGAUGUGUCCUCCAAUCCUGAUCUGAACACAAAUGAAAGUAAAGGGGUACCUCUGUUGUUGAUACUGGGCUAUGGAAAUGGUGUCCAAGUGUGGAAUAUAGCGACUAAUGGAGAGGCCCAGGAGAUAUUGUCACUGAGACAGGGACCAAUCAGAAUCUUCAAAGUCUUGCCAUCGCCAACACAAGUGUUUGAGGAUUGUGAUCAGUUCCAUUACAAGAGACCACUAGCCGUACUGUGUGAUAGUACCAGUGCUGGACAGCCAUAUUGCUCUGUGAAGUUUGUUUCUCUGAGGACUGGAGAUGAAGUUCAUAAUGUCAGUUUUAAAACUCAUCCAGUGCUGAAUAUUGAGUGUAACAAGAGAGUGAUUGUGGUGGCAUUUCAAGAGAAACUCAGUGUAUUUGAUGCCUGCUCACUGAGGCAAUUAUUCUGGGUUAUGAAUUGUUUUCCUAACACUGGUCCAAAUAUAAACCCAAUCGCUCUAGGAACCAGGUGGUUAGCGUAUGCAGACAAAAGGCUUGUUCCGAUGCACCAGUCCUGUGGGGGUAUGUCGGGGGAUGGAUCUCAAUCCUACGCUGCCACAGUGAUUAGUGCUGCCAGGGGUGCAUUCAAGGGUCUGACCAUGUUUGGAGAAGCCAUGGUUCACAGUGUAACAGGAACAAAGCCCUCUCCAACUCCAAAGAAGUCUGACUCCCCUCCCUUGGACAACGGUCAUCGACCAGGCAUUGUGUCCAUCAUUGACACACAGACAGUCAUUGGGGAUCACUUCUGUGUUAGUGAGGACAAUGAUGGGGAUGGACUGAUUGCUCAUUUCCAUGCUCAUGCUAACGAACCUGUAUCUUGUAUGACCUUUGACACAUCUGGAACACUGCUGUUAACGGCCUGUAAAUUGGGUCACAACUUCCACGUGUUCCGAAUCAUGGCCCAUCCCUGCGCCUCAUCAAUGGGAGCUAUACAUCAUUUGUAUACCCUCCACAGAGGAGAGACAACUGCAAAGGUGGUUGACAUGUGUUUUAGCCAUGACAGUAGAUGGGUGACAGUCAGCUCUCACAGAGGAACAACUCAUCUCUUCCCCAUUACACCAUAUGGAGGCCCAAUCAAUACCAGAACACACUGUAGUCCACGGAUUGUAAAUCGAGCCAGUCGCUUCCACAAGAGUGCUGGCCUGGAUGAAAUGGAUCACAGUACGGGUAGAAAUAGUCCAGUUCAGAAUGCCUCCAGCAGCCCAACUUCUUCAGGAGGGCAGUAUGACAACUAUCCCAGCCUCCUGAGACACAACGCACUCAACAAUAGCAUCGGAAACCCCCGACUUCCCCCAUAUCCUCACCCCAUCACUGUGUAUCCCCUGGCCCAGAUAAAGCAGCCCCUGAUGGCAGGGCGGAGCAGCAGUAAGACGGGAAGCCCCUCCCACAUAGCCUCAGAUAACUGGAUCCUUGUUACAGCCUGUUUCUCUACCCCCCGCGUUUGGGUGGGAGGUUGUCCUAACUUGUCUGUAGAUAGGAGAGAGGGCAAGAGAGCAGCAGAUUCUCUAUUUCUAAUGAGUCAGACAGGAACCUUAGUGGAAUAUGUGCUGGACCCCAAGUCUAAGCAGGUGACAGAGAAAAUAACUGACGGCACUCCACUGGAUUUAACCAUUACUGGAUAUACACAAUGGCAUCUGCAGAGAUCGAAAACAUCUGAUGAAGUAAGGCCCCCUCUGGUCAACAACAACCCCCUCUUUCUGGCCUCUGAUGCUGUUAUGACACAAAGACCUUCAUCAUGUUCAGAUGGCAGUGACCUAUUUCCUGUAACCAGACAAGAUUCCAGGGACAGUCUGACUUUAGAGCAGGAAAACAGAGUGGUGGAUCAAGAGGAAUGGCUGUCUCAGGUUGAAAUCAUCACCCAUGUGGGUCCUCACCGCCGUCUCUGGAUGGGGCCACAAUUCUCAUUUAAGACGUACCAGAAUGUCCAGAAUACCACUGUCCUCUCCUCCCAGUCAUCAGCGCUCUUGUCACAGAGUCCCGAAGUCAACCUGUCCAACAUGGAUGUUACCUCAGAUGAGGUUGACCUAGAGAGUCUCAAAAUCCAACCAGCCAGAUCUAGUCCUGUAGCCAUGCCUAAUGCUCGCCCUGCAUACAGACGAACAGGAAGUGACACUGCAUCGUCUCCAGGAAGAGGCUCCACCCCUCUACUCAUUGAAGCAGGUAGUUUUGAUCAGUCUCCAAACCUUUGUGAUGUGUAUAGUAGUUGGGCAGAGUCCACUGUUGCUAAGCAACCAAAAGGAUGUGAAGAAUUAGAUGAGAAGAUGAAAGAAAACUUGGCAGAGGCGAUGUUAGAAUCCCCCAUGAAGGAGGGGGGUCCAUCAUCUAUAUCACAUGAUGCCUUUAUCGGCAGUAAUGAGAAUCUAAGCACCUCCUCGGGCUCCAGCAUCGGUCUAACCCGGGAACACGCCAUGGAUCCCAUGUUCAACACCAGCAAUGAGUCGCCGGACUCCAGCUGACAUUGCAAAGACCAGAAAAUGCUUCAGCAUGACCUCAUUUUAUUAGCUACUUGAAAUUUCCACAAGCCUGUUGUUUUCUGGUGUAGCAAAUUGUGAUGUCAAGCAUUUGAUGAUAUGAAAUUGAUGUAAAAUAUUUAUGAAAUUAGAUUUCCGGUACAUGUUGACAAUUAGAAGCAACAACAGUUAUACAGAUGAGCAAUGGUGAGGGUACAUGUACAAAUAUAGAUCCAAUAAAUUAUGCAUGGAUUUUAGAUUGCAUUAUAAAGUGUAUAGAUACAUGUAUUGCCACAAUAAGAAGUAUCUAUCAUACAGCAUAUUGCAUUUCAGCCCUUUGUUGAAGCCAAUAUAAUUUUCAGAUUGUUAAUGUAUUGAAUAUGUGGUUGUUAUUUAAUUGUAUUUUCAUGAAUUAUACGUACUGAUUAAUAUGCUUAUUAAAGAUGUGAUACCCCAA